AUGGCGGAGCUCAAUUUUUCAACAGCACCCACACCAGAUCCUCCUCAAGCAGCCUUCGACCAACACCUUCCACUAAGCAGCACUAUUCAACAAGAUUUCUCACGCGCUUCAUAUUUUUCAAUUGAUUUUUAUAAAAAAUACUUCGAUGUAUCCACAGAAGAGAUAACUAAAAAGGUAAAAAUGGCUGUGAAUCCAACAGAUAAGAAGUUUUUAACAAAUCAAAAUCAACCAGAAUUAUAUGGAUCAAUUUGGUCAACAAUAACUUCAUUGUUUGUAUCAAUGAUCUUUGGUAAUCUUUCAUCCAUGAUGAGUGGCAAAUAUUGGGAAGGAAAUAUCAGCUCUAUGAUCACUGCUUCGUUUUUCUGCUUCUUUUACAUCAUAAUUUCGCCAAUAUUGUACAAAUUCUUGGCUAAGCAUGACGAAUUCCCAUCUUAUAUUGCGCUUGUUUCACUAUUAGGUUACUCUACAUUGUAUUUUAUUCCAAUUUCGUUUGGUCGCUUUCUUGUUGGAAGAAAAAUCAAUAUAUUAAUAUCUAUUGCAGGUGGUGCUGCCAUGGCAUACUCAAUUUUUGUGAAAUUGGUUGCGUUUUACAGUGAUGAUACUUCUAAGACGAAAACGAUGAUUGCCAAUCUCGCAAUUGCAGGCAUUACUUUCCUUGUUCUUGUAUUUAUUCAAUAUUUAGCUUUCAAAUAA